AUGGAGGAUCUAUUCUUAAACACCGUAAGCCCGGUUGCGGCUGCUCAGAUGAUCCGGCCUGUUACGCGUGAUGAAGUCAAGGCAGCGAUGUUCAGUAUUGCUGAUAACAAGGCCCCGGGGCUUGAUGGUUACACGUCGGUAUUUUUUAAGAAAACUUGGGAUAUAGUGGGUGAAGAAGUCUCGACUGCCAUACUCCAGUUUUUUGAAAAUGAUAGGAUAAAAGGCAUCCUAGGUAGCUUGGUUGAUAUUAAUCAAUCCGCGUUUAUUCUUGGUCGAAAGAUCUCAGAUAACAUCCUUCUCACUCAGGAGCUUAUGCAUAAUUAUCACGUUAAUAGGGGAAAACCAAGGUUCGGCUUUCCUCAAAAAAUGGUUGAUUGGAUUAGGACGUGUGUUUCAACCGUUUCUUUUUCGCUUAGCAUUAACGGGAAUCUUUGUGGCUUUUUCAAGAGUAAAAGGAGUCUUAGACAGGGAGAUCCCAUUUCCCCUUAUUUGUUCACUUUAGUUAUAGAGGUUCUUUCUUUGUUAUUGCACAAAGCUGCUGAUCAGCAUCCUGCUUUCAGAUAUCAUGAAAAGUGCAAACUUUAG